AUGAUACUGGUCUCCAUUUUAAGUAGAGAUCAUCUUCGCAUGACAAGUCCAACAAGGAAGGCGUUUUCUAACCUGAAGGGCGUGACAAACAAAAAGCUUGUCCGACCAUUACGGACAUUACUUGCUAACGGACGACAGAAGAUAAUUGAAACCUACUACAGUGACACAUGCAACAGUGAAACAUGCAACAGUGAAACCUACUACAGUGAAACAUGCAACAGUGAAACAUGCAACAGUGAAACCAACUACAGUGAAACAUGCAACAGUGAAACAUGCAACAGUGAAACCAACUACAGUGAAACCAACUACAGUGAAACCUACUACAGUGACACAUGCAACAGUGAAACAUGCAACAGUGAAACCUACUACAGUGAAACAUGCAACAGUGAAACAUGCAACAGUGAAACCAACUACAGUGAAACAUGCAACAGUGAAACAUGCAACAGUGAAACCAACUACAGUGAAACCUACUACAGUGAAACCAACUACAGUGAAACAUGCAACAGUGAAACAUGCAACAGUGAAACCAACUACAGUGACACAUGCAACAGUGAAACAUGCAACAGUGAAACCUACUACAGUGAAACAUGCAACAGUGAAACAUGCAACAGUGAAACCAACUACAGUGAAACAUGCAACAGUGAAACAUGCAACAGUGAAACCUACUACAGUGAAACAUGCAACAGUGAAACCAACUGCAGUGACACAUGCAACAGUGAAACAUGCAACAGUGAAACCAACUACAGUGACACAUGCAACAGUGAAACAUGCAACAGUGAAACAUGCAACAGUGAAACCUACUACAGUGAAACAUGCAACAGUGAAACAUGCAACAGUGAAACCAACUACAGUGAAACAUGCAACAGUGAAACAUGCAACAGUGAAACCAACUACAGUGACACAUGCAACAGUGAAACAUGCAACAGUGAAACAUGCAACAGUGAAACAUGCAACAGUGAAACCUACUACAGUGAAACAUGCAACAGUGAAACAUGCAACAGUGAAACCAACUACAGUGAAAUAUGCAACAGUGAAACAUGCAACAGUAAAAACUACUACAGUGAAACAUGCAACAGUGAAACCAACUACAGUGACACAUGCAACAGUGAAACAUGCAACAGUGAAACCAACUACAGUGACACAUGCAACAGUGAAACAUGCAACAGUGAAACCAACUACAGUGACACAUGCAACAGUGAAACAUGCAACAGUGAAACAUGCAACAGUGAAACCUACUACAGUGAAACAUGCAACAGUGAAACAUGCAACAGUGAAACCAACUACAGUGAAACAUGCAACAGUGAAACAUGCAACAGUGAAACCAACUACAGUGACACAUGCAACAGUGAAACAUGCAACAGUGAAACCUACUACAGUGAAACAUGCAACAGUGAAAUCAACUACAGUGAAACAUGCAACAGUGAAACAUGCAACAGUGAAACCUACUACAGUGAAACAUGCAACAGUGAAACAUGCAACAGUGACACCAACUACAGUGAAACAUGCAACAGUGAAACCAACUACAGUGACACAUGCAACAGUGAAACAUGCAACAGUGAAACAUGCAACAGUGAAACCAACUACAGUGAAACAUGCAACAGUGAAACAUGCAACAGUGAAACCUACUACAGUGAAACAUGCAACAGUGAAACAUGCAACAGUGAAACCAACUACAGUGAAACAUGCAACAGUGAAACAUGCAACAGUGAAAUCAAUUACAGUGACACAUGCAACAGUGAAACAUGCAACAGUGAAACCUAG